GUUCUAUGGUGUGUCUGUGGUUGAAAAGAAAAAACUACCGUAAACAUCAGCGAAUCAAGAACUCUUGUGUCCCCACUUGUGAACAAGCCGUCAGUGUACCUUUUUAUACCAUCCCCCAACAAUGAUGGCAGCCAAGCUGGACAUUGCCGCAAAUGUGAUUGCUGAAAACUUGGGUCGUAACUGGCGUAGAUUAGGACGACAGCUGGGUCUGACCGAAACUAAACUGGAUUCCGUCUCAACGAGACAUCCGAACGAUUUGGACGAGACUGCCAGAGAGCUGCUGAAGGAAUGGCGCAAGAAUCGUGGAUCCGAAGUCUGCGUUAAAGACUUAGUUAGGGCUCUCAGGGCAUGCCACCAAAAUCUCACAGCUGAUAAAGUGGAGGAUGCCUGGAUGAUACCUCAAUAGAGAACCAAUGACAUAUUAAUAUUUAACCCAUGUAUAUAAUGCAGCAGAUUUGUGGUCAUUUAGAAUAUGUAUUAAGAUAUAGGUGCGCAUAACACAAUCUGAGAUGGUUGGAAAGACCAAUUUAUUUACAGUAUUUGCCCGGUAAAUAAAAUUCUUUUUUACUUGUACUUGAGUAUAUUUUAUUUAUUUAUUUUUUUGGACGACUACUUUUACUUGAGUAAUAAUAUUUUGAAGUACCGCUACUUUUACUUGAGUAAAAUUUUUGGCUACCCUACCCACUUCUGGCAAACAGACGUCGACGUAACUCAGACCUUACAGCUCGUUCCACCUGCUGAAAUAAGGAAUCCGAAAAUGAAAUUUUAAAUCACAAUUUAAUAGAAAUAAUUUUUAAAAUAAUUAAAACAAAUCAUUAAAAUAAUUGAAAUAAUCAUAGAAUAAAUAAAUAGAAAUACAAAUUAAUUGAUCAUUUAAAAUAUUAAAAUAAUGAGUCAUUAAACAUUUUUUAAAUAAAAAUUAAUGAUUUAAAAUAAGUUCAUAAAAUAAUUAAUCAUGAAAAUAAUUAAAAAUACAUUCAUUCCUUUUCAAUGCCGCUUAUCCUCACAAGGGUCGCGGUUAUGCUGGAGCCUAUCCUGGCUUACU